AAGUGUAACACGGUUCAGCUCCGAAGAACAGACCUUUUAACUGUUCAUGUCAGGGUAGACGUUAACAAAGCAAUAAUAAAUGAAUUUAAUGAAAAUGUAAAAACAUGUUAAAUAUAUUUGCAUAAAUCGUAUAAAUGAGGACCUUCGAUUGUUGGAUUGAUUCGUCGCAGUGUCAUACUUUAAGUGUCCUGACAGAACGACUAGUUUCCGCACGUGCCGGAACAAGUUAACCUACAGUUUUCGAAAAUAUGUUUUCGCACAGAGACUCGGGUAAAUCGGAUUACAUUAGCUUAAAUAUUCAUGAUAGUGCAUCGUUUACACGAGGCACUUCACGCAGUUUAUGGAGGCAAUGGAAUCAGUUGUCUAGGUUUCAAAGAAAUAUGCUAUACUUUGCAAUUAUCACAAUUCUACUUGUAAUAUUUUAUCUCCUGCCUAGUGAAACCAAAGCUGGUACCUCUGACAAUGAGGUUGAUUAUAGUAAUGUAGAAAUUGUACAGGAUACGGGAAAGUAUGAGAAGGCAAUCGAGGAAGUUGUUGUAGAUAAUGAUGAACAGGGUGCUGGACCUGGUGAAGUAAUCGAGGAGCCAGAAUUUCAACCAGAGAUUAAUCAAGUUGAUGAUGAUCAAAUUGGUGAACCACCACAGCCAAAACCAAACAUUCUUAAAUUUAAUGGUCCACAAAAUAGUAGACAACAAGCUGUUGUAGCUGCAUUUAAACACUCCUGGGAUGGCUAUAAGAAAUAUGCUUGGGGUCAUGAUAAUGUUAAACCAAUAUCGAGGAGAUAUCAUGAAUGGUUUGGUUUAGGUCUUACAAUAGUUGAUUCGUUGGAUACUAUGUAUAUAAUGGGGUUAAACGAUGAAUUUUCAAAGGCAAAGAAAUGGGUGCAAGAUAGUCUAGUGUUUACAAUGAAUAGAGAUGUUAAUUUAUUUGAAGUUACAAUUAGAGUAUUAGGUGGUUUACUGGCGGCGUAUCAUCUUUCCGGUGAUAUACUCUUUUUAAAUAAGGCUAUGGAUUUAGGUGAUCGCAUGAUGCCAGCAUUUUCUACCAGAUCUGGUGUUCCAUAUUCCGAUGUGAAUCUCGGCACUAGAAGUGCACACAGUCCUAAGUGGGGUCCUGAUAGUAGUACGAGUGAAGUUACUUCCAUUCAGUUGGAAUUUCGUGAUCUUAGUCGUAGCACAGGGCAAUCUAAGUUUGAGACUGCAGCUGCAAAAGUUUCCGAACAUGUACAUAAGUUAGAAAAAUAUGAUGGUUUAGUCCCCAUCUUUAUUAAUGCUAAUACAGGCCAGUUUCGAGAAUACGCAACGAUCACAUUAGGAGCUCGAGGCGAUAGUUAUUACGAAUACUUAUUGAAACAAUGGUUGCAAACUGGAAAAACCAUAGACUAUUUGCGAGACGAUUAUUUGCUAGGCAUUGCUGGAACACAAAAGCAUCUCGUUAAAUAUACAGCAGUUAAUAAAUAUUUGUUCAUUGCUGAGUUGGUCGGCGCCAACAAGGAAAUAAAGCCAAAAAUGGACCAUCUCACAUGCUAUUUAGGAGGCACUUUAGCAUUAGGCGCGCGUCAUGGAUUAACGCCAGAGCAUAAUACUUUUGCGGAAGAAAUAGUUAAAACUUGUUAUCAAACGUACGCAAUCCAACCGACGUUCCUUGCACCUGAGAUUACCUAUUUUAAUAUACAAAAAAUGGAAGGGGAAAAUCAAAUGGAUAUGUAUGUUAAAACAAACGAUGCCCAUAAUUUACUGAGGCCCGAAUUCAUCGAGAGUCUAUUUUAUAUGUGGUAUUUUACGGGAAAUAAGACGUAUCAAGACUGGGGUUGGCACAUAUUUCAGGCAUUCGAGAAUUAUACCAAAGUCGAAGAUGGCUAUACAAGUAUUGGUAACGUGCGAAAUAUUCAGCACACCCGUCAGCAAGAUAUGACGGAAAGCUUUUGGUUCGCUGAAACUUUAAAGUAUUUAUAUUUGUUAUUUGAUGACACUAGACAAUUAAUAGAUUUGGAUAGGUGGGUAUUCAAUUCAGAGGGUCAUCCGUUACCCAUAUAUGAAUCGUAACGCAAUAGAAACAAAACUACGCACGUGAGUUGACUUUUUGCACAUAUAUUAUAAAAUUUUACUUUAAAUGAUACAAUUUCCGAUCAUAAUGUUGUUAUGACAAAAUGAAGUCACAUAAUAUUUCUUAAACUUCUUGAGCUCUCGCGACGUAAUGUAGUUCCUCAUUCAGGUGCAGGAUUUUUUUUCAAAAGAUCAUUUAUCAUAGCGCAGUGUAAUAAAUCAUAAUAUAUUUAAAAUACUGUAUAUUACGACCAGAAAAUACACAAAGUUACAGAUAAUUUGAAAUCCAUGUGAUAAACCACGAUUUUCAGAGCAUUUAUGAAUACUUAAUAUAUUAGGUAUAUUUAACCACAUGAUACUUUGCAUUGCAAGUAUUCAUUUAAAAAGAGAUUAUAGAUUGGAAACUAUAAAUCUUUCUCAAUUUAUUACUGGCGAUUUCAAAUAAUUAACUAAUGUGCAACAUUAGCUGCACCUACCAAAUGCCUAAAUCUAAUUCAAUGAUAGAUGCUAUUAGACUUUUAGAUUUGCAGCAUUCGCAAAAAUACACAACUUACUUAUUUACUUUUAUUGAUAUCUUCUCAAUAAUCAAAUUAGUCAGAAUUUUAGCAUAUAUUGUACUUACCUAUAUAUGUUUUUCGGAACUUUAAAUUUUAGUUUCGUACAACAUUAUUCUUAAAAAAAUAUAUCGACGAUAGAUUUAAAAAAUA